UAUGUUUAGUAUUAUGCCUUCCCUACGGAAAAGUGUCAACAUUCAGCUCAUGUUAUUUUUUCAGCAUUAUUCCAAAUUACAGUGCAGUCAUGUUCACGAGAAUCUUAAUAGUUUUGCAGGUAAAUUGCUGGAAGACAUUGCAUUGGCUUGGUUCUGCUGCCAGCGUACAGGAAGGAAGGCUGGAGAAGGAAAGAAUUGAGAAGGCCUCCCUAAGGUUUCCUGCCGUAUUCAGCUGCUGCACCGCCACAGCUGAAAGCCAGGGAGGACAAAGGUGUGCAGAGGGAGGAGCAUUAGCAGUGCUUUGCAAAGAAUGGGCAGCUCAGGCAUGGGAUGGGGCUGGGAAGCUGCCUGGCACGGAGCAGCGGCAGUGCAGCAGGUUGAUGGGGUUCUCCUCUCUGUGUUUCACGCUCUUUGGUCUCUUAUUGCUUGCAGGGUCGUGCAUCUGUCCAGGUGCCUGGCUACACCUAGUGUGGGGAUGCUGCAAGCUCUGUGACAGCGGGGGAUGCACACGGAGAAGAGGUAAACCUGCCUGCAUGGCAUCUACCCCACCCCACAUCUGCAGGAUGAGCAACUGGAGGAACAUUUCUCCCCAGACCCACUCCACAAAAGCCUCUGACCUCCUCAGUCCACCUCAUCUCUCAGCAGCUGUGAACUGGACACAGGGAGGGCCUGGGCGCUCCAUCUCAGCUGGGCUUUGCCCUAGGCACAGUCAGAAGGGGUUAGGGUUCCCAGUGGGAUCUGUCCCACUUAGCUCAGCACAUAUCCACACAGCUCUGCCCAGCAAGUCUAGACCCACGCCUCUCCUCCCUUGCUCCUUCCCCCUACACAUAGGAACCAGUGGUGGAGGAUGGGCCACUGACCUGUCGAGGCGUAGUGAGAGCAGAGGCACAUCUUGGUACCAAGAACUAAUAGGGCCCUGUAUGAAGCAAGCACUGCUAGAGAGAGCCUCAGCUCAGCAAGUCAGAGCACGCAGAGCCCAUUCCCAAAGUCUGGGCACCCUCACAGCUUCUCAGAGGUGCUGUUAUCUGUAGUUUGCAGAGAAGAAGCUGAGGCAGGGAGUUAAUAUCUGCCUGUGACAUGAGGUAGGACUCCCAUCUGCUUGCUGUAACCAGUUGGGUACACUCCCUUCCCAGGUGAAGGCAGACACAGUUUUAAAUCGCCCUGUUUUAAUUUGACUGUUAUGCCUCAGCCCAAAUGCCAUACAGAAACACUGGCUUCCAGAAGAGAGAAUUUCUGCUGGCACUGGGAUCACUGGAUUUCAGCUGUAGGGCUUCCAGUGCUUCCAGAGCAGUGUAGGGCUGCUGCCCGUGGCUGAGGAUGCUGCUAGCAAGACUUUGCAUCAACGGGCAUGUUUGCCAACAAAGUCCCUUUUUAUCGAGAAGCCACUUGUGGUGCAAUAUAGUGUCCUUCCUUUGCCAUAAAGAGAGCAUCUCAUAGCAUAUUCAGCAGGGACACUUUUGCCAGAGCUUUAGCUGGUAAAUACUUCAGCAGUACUUGUAUACCAGGAAGGGUGUUACUCUGGAAGGAAAGAAGCUGCUUAGAGAUGUGAGUCAACAGGGAGAAUCACACAGGUUGGCACAUCAUAGCUGCUUAAAAGUGUUUAAAAAACAACAACAAAAAAACAACAACAACAAAAAAACCCCACAGCUGUCUCCUAUUUCCCCAGUGCCGUCACACAAGCCCCAACUUUCAGGGGGCAGGCAGUGCUGGGGAGCAGCACUCCUGUAACCAGCAUAAGAGAAGUAGUGGGGCCACGUUUCUGUCCCCGGCCUGUGUUUAGGGCUGGGGUGUGUGGAGCUCUAGGGGCAGAGAGGAGGAGGGGAUGCCUGGGUCCUUGGUGGCCCGAGCCCUUGAGGGCAGAUUUUCUUCUCCAUUCUCAGUGCUGGGUGGCAAGCACUCAUCCUUACAAGCAGCAAAUCCAGAUAUGAACCCUCUCUGCUUUUCUCCUGGAGGGUGUAGGUUUUUCUCUCCACUCCUGUCACCACAGCUGUGGCGUUGGCUGUCACCCCACUGAGCUGCCAUGGGCAAGCCAGGCUGUUCGAUCCUCGGGGCUCUGGUGACACGGGGUCUUUUCUAUUGUAGGUAGUGCCGUGCCUGAGCUGAGCGCGGGGGGGGAGCCCGCAAGCGCCGGGAGGACGAGCGGAAUAUGAGUGAGAGCAGGCACUUUCCGUUGUCUGUGGCAGACCGCAGUGAGCUGCAUUCCUCAGGCUCGCAGCCUGCUGUGCAAGCCCGCAGCGAUGGGGAUGAGCAGCUCGGCGAGCCUGCAGAGCCUGCCAGCGGGAGAGACAGCCCCCCGGAUGACGCCGAGCCCAGCCCCGCAGCCGAUGAGGAGCGCCGUGGGGACCAACAUCUGGCGGCCUCGACGGGCGAGUGGGAGCAGGAGGUGCGCGCCGCGAGUAACGGCGAGGGCUGCGAAGAGCCGGCGCUGACCAACGGCGUGGACGCGGAGCUCGGCGCGGGCAGGGAGGCAGCGAGGCUGCAGCCGCGGGACGGCAGCGUGCCCAGCCCCGGCAGUGUGGAUUCUGGGGAGGAGGGCUCCCCUGGGCCGCAGACGCGGAGCCAGGCCCUCAGCAAGGCGCUCCUGCACGGCUUCCUGGGCUCCUCGGGAGCGCUGAGCGCUGAUGAGCCGGAGGAGCAGCUCGGGUUUGCUGCUGGAGAUGCCAAGCUGAGCUGCAGUGAGGACGACAAGGAACAUUUUCAAUUCAAAGACAUCAGGGAUGGGUUCAGCUCAACCUUUGAGAAGAUUGUUGAGUCUGACCUUAUGAAGGGCACGUACUACAGCAGCUUGGACUCUCUGGAUGUCCUCUCUCUUACAGACGAGACAGACAGCUGUGUCAGUUUUGAGGCGCCACUCACCCCGUUGAUCCAGCAGCGGGUCAAGGAAAGCCCAGAGCUCUUGGAGCAGAAACUGAUGGCCCAGCAGAGAGAAUCCCUUCACCACAUGGCUGCUGAUAAGCAAGAGCAGGCAGCAGCAAAGCCAGCAGAGGGGGAUUUUGGGAGCCCUCUCAGGCACUCAAUUACCAGCAGCAGGUCAGAGAAUGUGCUGAGCAGGUUGUCCUUGAAAAAUAUCCCAAAUGGGUUCCAUGUGGAAGGUUCAGAAGAAGACGCCACCAAGAUCAUUAACUCCAUCAGUGAUGCCAGCUUGAAAGAUGCGCUCUCAGACUCUGACUCUGACAUGGGCAGCACGGAGCAGCUUGACCAGGGAAGCACAGACACCUUGGCAAAUGGCUGCAGGGCAGACAGCGAGGCUGCGAAGAGGUUGGCCAAACGUCUCUACAACCUUGAAGGGUUCAAGCGCUGUGAUGUGGCACGACAGCUCGGGAAAAAUAACGAAUUUAGCAAGUUGGUAGCAGAGGAGUAUCUCAGCUUCUUUGACUUCAGUGGCUUGACCCUCGACAAAGCACUCAGGACAUUCUUGAAAGCAUUCCCACUGAUGGGAGAGACACAGGAGCGGGAGCGUGUGCUGAUUCACUUCUCCCGGCGAUACUGCCAGUGCAACCCAGAGGAGAGCACCUCCGAAGACGGGGUUCAUACGCUCACCUGUGCCCUGAUGCUGCUAAACACAGACCUCCAUGGCCAUGUUAAUAUUGGCAAGAAGAUGUCGUGUCAACAGUUCAUAACAAACCUGGAUGGGCUCAACGAUGGGAAGGACUUUGCAAAGGAUUUGCUGAAGACACUGUAUAACUCCAUCAAGAAUGAGAAGCUGGAGUGGGCCAUUGAUGAGGACGAGUUGAGGAAAUCGCUCUCGGAGUUGGUAGACGACAAAUUUGGAGCCAGUGCAAAGAAAGUGACAAGGAUUGUUGACAGCAGCAACCCCUUCCUGGACAUCCCCCAAGCGCUGAAUGCAGUCACCUACAAGCACGGUGUCCUCACGCGCAAAACCCAUGCAGACAUGGAUGGGAAGAGAACUCCCAGAGGAAGAAGAGGUUGGAAGAAAUUUUAUGCCGUGCUUAAAGGGACCAUCCUUUAUUUACAAAAGGAUGAAUACAAACCUGACAAAGACCUCUCUGAAGUGGAUCUGAAAAAUGCCAUCCGUGUGCACCACGCCUUAGCCACAAAAGCCUCUGACUACAGCAAGAAGUCCAAUGUGCUCAAGCUGAAGACAGCUGACUGGAGAGUCUUCCUCUUCCAGGCUCCAAGUAAGGAAGAAAUGCUAUCCUGGAUCCUGCGAAUCAACCUCGUUGCUGCCAUUUUCUCUGCCCCAGCCUUCCCAGCUGCCAUCUGCUCCAUGAAGAAGUUCUGCCGCCCACUUCUGCCUUCGUCCAUGACCAAGCUGUGUCAGGAGGAACAGCUGAGGUCUCAUGAAAAUAAAAUGAAGCAGAUUGCAGACGAAUUAGCAGAGCAUAAAUCACAUCCUGUAGAGAAGAGCCUCAAGUCAAAAGAGGCUGAAGAGUACAGGCUCAAAGAACAUUACCUAAUUUUUGAGAAAAGCCGCUACGAGACAUACAUCAACCUGCUGUGCAUGAAGAUCAAAGUUGGGACAGAUGACCUGGAGAGAAUUGAAACCAGCUUCUUCAAGGUGGAAGCUGAUGACAUUGCUUUGCGGAAGACACAUUCCAGCCCUUCUUUGAGCCAAGGGCAUAUGUCUGUUAGCUGUAAGGUGGAAAAGGACAUAAUAGAGCAGAACACUUAACAAGGAACGUGCACGCAGGGGGAAUGAACCGGCGGUGCUUUGCGCUCCUGGACUAGAUCAAUGAGCACAAUUUUACCUAGGAAAUAAUACAAACAAAACCAUAGAUGUGUAUGACACGGUGACUGCUCUAGUGAAAGAAGUCAAAGAAGCUUUAGUUGACACUCCUUGGCAACGCUCUGGCAUUUCAGCAUCAUAGAUACUCCAUCUCUUCUUUGUCCCCAACAGCACCAGUGGCUUUUCUUUCCCUCUUACUGCAGCCUGCACAAUAAAGGGAUACGCUUACUCUCCAGGGCCUGGUUGCUCUCUCCCACCAGCCCUCUCUCUCCUUCCUCCUCCUCCUCUCCCUGGAGUUUCCACCGGUUCACGUCCGCGGUUCCCAGCAGUGCAGGAAACUCGGCCAACACACUGGGCUCUGUGGCACCAGCAGUGCUGUGGGCGCAGGGCUCAGAGCAGCAGGAGCGUGUCCCUGCCACGAGAGGAGCUCCGUCCUUGGCAGGACGUAUCACAACAGGGUCCUUCUGUGCGAUAGUCACUGGCCAUGCGAGAGGCAUCUCCAGCACAGCGCGUGGGAAAGGCGCCUGCCCACGGCAGGAGAGACCUGAA